AGCAUCUGGCAUCCCAGCGGCCACACCCGAUUCACUUCCACUGACGGCUGCGCUCAUCGCCUGCCCUUGUUUUUGUCGUCGCUCGCUUUGUGCUUUUAUUCGGCAGCCUCCAGUCGACCUCCCUCUGCCUCACUCUCACACAGGGCGAGAACCUUACUGACCAGACCCGUUUCCUCGACAUGCCGUUGUCAUGAUGCUCGCCCAUCAAUGCUCUGCGAGAGCUUAUCUCGCUGUCCUAAUCGCUGUGAUGUUGAGCGUCCUCCUCCUGACCGCCCACCGCCUACACAUCGGCACAUCCCUCAACCUCCCACAUCUGGUCGAUCGCCCAGUAACAAAUAAGCCCGAACCUGAGGAACCGAAGACACAACAACUAGCGGACUUGGACGCGCAGGCAGCCGCACAGCGAGCCGACUUCUGCGACAAUGAUUGGAAGUUCCUGCGCAGCAAGGAACUCGGACUGAGCGAGAAGGUCAUCUACAGCCGCCGCUGCGUCAAGCCCGUCUACGGCAACGUCAACCGUGAUGCCGUCGGCAAGAUCGCGGACCCCCUCAUCAACGACCCGGUCACCCUCGACAUGAAGGCCGACUGCGGCCAAUUCACCCCCCCUCCAUGCGAACCGCUCACCCUCGAGGUGCCGCGGCCCUUCCCGCCACACGCCGACCAGUACGGCUACCUCGCCUUCGGCAUCGCAUCCAACUACGAGCGCGUCGAGAAGUCGCUGCCCUCCUUCGCCCACUGGCUCUCCGGCACGGGCGCUCAGCUCGUUGCCGUCAUCGCGGACGCCGACGACGAUGGCGCCAAGCACGACCUUCGUGCGCUUGAGAAGCUGUAUCGCGACCACGGCAUCAACGCGACCAUCAUCGCCCCGAAGCUCAAAGAAUCCAUGCCGCGCAAAAACCACAAAGAGGGCGACGAGCUCCGCCGGCCCGCCGCCGUUGAGCAACUGCACUUCCUUCUGAUCCGCGACAUGCUCGACGUCUCGUCCCCGCAGACCCAGUGGCUCGGCGUACUCGACGACGACACCUUCUUUCCCGCCCUCGACCCCCUCAGUCGCAGGCUUCACGAGCACGACCACACCCGCCCGCUCUGGCUCGGCGCCCUAGCCGACAACUGGAUCAGCGUCAAGUCCUGGGGCUUCAUGGCGUUUGGCGGCGCCGGCACCUUCCUGUCGAUGCCGCUGGCCAAACAGCUCGAGCCAGAGCUAGAAAACUGCAUCAGGGAGACGACGAUCAAGACAGGCGACGGCAUGCUGCGCGAUUGCGUAUACCAGCGCACCGCCACCAAGCUGACCCUCGUCGACGGGCUAUACCAGCACGACUUCUGGGGCGACCCGUCGGGCUUCUUUGAAAGCGGCCGCCGCGCCCUGAGUCUGCAUCACUGGAAGUCGUGGUACAAAGCUCCCGUCGUCGAGAUGGCCGCCGUCGCGCACCUCUGCGGUGACUGCUUCCUGCAGCGCUGGGGCUUCGGCAAGGACACCCUCCUCGCCAACGGCUACAGCAUCACCGUCUACCGCGAGGGCCUCGACCAGCUCGACCUCACCCGCAUGGAGGGCACCUUCAGGGACGCAGACAACCGGUACGAUUUCGUGUACGGCCCCUUCCGUCCCCGGCUGGGCGACGACCAGAAGAAGAGCUAUCGCUUGCUGGGUGUCGAUGGCGGCACCGAGAAGGGCGACCGCUUCCGCCAGGCGUAUGUGCACCGUGCCAAGCGUGACGAGGAGGGCAUCGAGCCGGUGGAUGAGGUAGUUGAGUUGGUGUGGGAGGUUUGAUAGUGACGGGUUGGUAUGGGAGGUCUGAUGGUGACGGGCUGGUAUGGGAGGUCUGAUGGUGACGGGCUGGUGUGGGGACGGCUGAUCGGACGGUGUUGCUACCUUGCGCUGGCUGUUGGCGGGAGAAGGACAAUAUUAAUAAGGGAGGAAAGAAGGGAAUAACUAGUUAAAAUGUGAACUCAGGGGUGGAAAUGGAAAUGGGGAUGAGGAUGAAUUAGACGGUGGUCAAUGCGGGCGGGCGUUCUGGAGCCAAGGGCCGGCCGGUCGGAUCUUUUAAGACAUUGCUUUGCUUCUUUUUACCUUUUUUCUUGGACGUUUUUUUCUCUCCAAUCCAAUUAUUCGUAUUCCAUGUAGAUCUGUGUUCGAGUAACCGAGGGGGGAUAAGCAUGGGAUUUUAACGAACUAGGUGGCAAAGCCGGUGUUAUCUCGUAUUUGUAUUCGUGCUCGUUACA